UUACGUCAUCACCUUCACCGAUGGACCGAUGCGACGUGCUCACAUCUAUUUAGACUAGUUUUGUUUUAUAAGCAAAUCUGAAGUAUUUGUUUACAUUUAAUAUUCGGGGCAGUUCUUAAGAAAGAACCAGGCAGUCAAGCUUUAGAUGUCGAGGGUUAAAGUACGUUUGUUGUAAUAAAGCGUAUUAUUGUGAAUUUAGUGUUUUAAUCAAACUAAAAAGACAGAUUAAUAGUCACUAAUCUAUCAUCAGAAGUGGGAUAUCUUCUCGUGAAUUAUUUCCGGAAGAAAGGACCUAAAAAAAUAAAUUUUUUUUUUGUGUUUCUUUGUGAACGAACAAUGGCAGACAAUAGUGAAAAACGCGACCGCGCAGUGAGUCCGAACGUUGUGAACAUUACCGAAAGUGUAUCGGAGACGGACAAUAAUAUGGCGUUGUUAUUUAAAAUGCAGCAAGAAAAUAACAACAGUUUCCAAAAACAAAUCAUGGAAAUUUUGUCGACAAUGGCCAACGCCCAAACUACUCAAGCAACAUUGAGGGUGACUGCGCAGACGCAACCUGUUUCCGCUUCAGUAUCAGAAGGUGUAAGUGCCGCGGCGGCGCAGUUUCGACUUGCAAGUUUUGACCCAGAUGAUACACCGUUUACUAUGGUUGAGUGGAUGGAUGAUGUUACUAGGAUCCAACAGGAGCUGGAAAUAUCCGAUACUCUUAUUGUUUUAAAAGCUGGUCAUGCUUUACGAGGACGUGCAGCACGCUUUUAUCAACAUUGGAAACCUAUUAUUAGAGAUUGGGCUUCUUUUCGACGAGAUUUUGAAAUUGCGUUUCCUGAGUUAGGUACUCCUGCUACUCGUAUCAGAAAUUGUUUAGCAAUUAAGAGUUCAAGUUUUGAUUCACUAGUAGAAUACGGUAACGCCAAAUUAACAGCAAUUAGAAGAUUUUAUUCAGACUUUCCAUGGAAUGUUGUGUUAAGUCUUGUUGAAUACGAUAUUCAAAACACAGAAGUGAAAAAUCGAAUCUCCUUGCUAGCUCCUACAUGUGAUUCUGAACUAUUAAAACUGUUGGCUACCUGUGAUGCGAAUAAAUUGAACGCUGGUGUGCGAGAGCGUGAAUUGUCACGAAAACGACCGUAUAGCUUUCGUGAUCAGCGUUCGUUUCAAGGAAACUGCAGAAGAUGUCAACGCUAUGGACAUAAAGCAGUGGAUUGCAAAAAUGCGGAAAAAGUACAGAAUAUGUCGGAAAAGGUACAGCCGGGUCCUUCUGGAGUACAUCAAAGAAAUUUUUCGUCUGGCAACAACACCUCAGCAAAUAAGAAGUUUUGUAACAUCUGUGGAGUGAAUGGACAUUCAGAAGAUACAUGCUAUAGUAAAAAACAAUGACAUGAGGCAUCAAAACGAGUGCUCCUGGCAAAAAACACUCGUUUUAUCCGUUCAUUUCCAUCAGCUAGGGUCACUAACAAUUCCAUGAUCAGUUCAAUAUCAUACUUAGUAGACACAGGUGCAGAUAUCUCAAUACUUCACGAAAAAAUAGCGAAAGCCUUAGACUCGCAAAUUCAACCGGAUUGCCAAAUACUGUCUGGUGUAGGAAAUUGUGUUAUGAAGCCUCUGGGUCGCAGUAGUGUUGUGAUGUGUACACCAACCAUGACAUUAGAAAUUGAUUUUCUAAUUGUGCCAGAUGGAUCAAUUCCUGGAUGUGAUGUUGACGCUUUAAUUGGACUUGAUGUUUUAAAACGACCAGUGAUAGGCAACGAAUUUGUGCUAUAUACGCGUUUGAAGAAAAUGACUUAAAUUUGUCAGGACUGGACGAGUGGGUUAUUAAGGAAAUAAAAACAAUAAUCCAAAAUGGAAUAAGUCAAACACCGGCCGCAGUAACAACAAACAAGUUAAGAAUAACAUUACGUGAUCUACAGCCAGUGGCCUAUAAACCCCGUCAUUUGUCAUAUGGCGAAAGAUUACAAGUGAAACAAAUAAUAAAAGAACAAAUUGAGAGUGGAAUAAUACGACAAAGUGAAUCUCCUUAUGCAAGCCCAAUAGUCCUUGUCAAAAAGAAAAACGGAGACACAAGAUUAUGUGUAGAUUAUCGUGACGUAAAUAAAAAAGUAUUACGUAAUAAUUAUCCUCUACCACGGAUACAAGAUCAGAUUGACGCCCUUGCCAAAGCUGUAUAUUUUUGUACUCUUGAUAUGAAAUCGGGAUUUCACCAAGUUGAAAUAGAAGAGAAUUCAAAACAUAUAACUGCUUUUGUGACACCAGAUGGACUUUACGAGUACAAUCGAAUGCCGUUUGGUUUUAUAAACUCCCCAUCGUGUUAUCAAAGUGCCAUCGAUAAAGCCCUUGGACCACUUAAAGACGAUAUUGCGUUUGUUUACGUUGAUGAUGUGUUGUGCCCCUCUCGAACCAUUCAAGAAGGUCUUAAGAACUUAAGAAAGGUCAUUGACGCCCUUUCGAAGGCCGUAUUUGUUUUAAACAUAAAAAAAUGUAACUUUUUCCAAACAUCUGUGAAAUAUUUAGGUGUGAUCGAAAAAGGACUGACUGGAUAUUUUAGACAUCUUGUGAAAAACUUUGGAACUUUAACAGCACCGAUAUUUACACUGUUACGUGAGGGAAAAUCUUUUGAAUGGACAUGUAAAUGUGAAAAUGUGCGAUUGACUUCUUAUCCGAUUUUCAACAUUUUUGAUCUGGAAUUGUCAACCGAACUACAUACAGAAGCAAGUUCGUUAGGAUUAGAUGUCGCUGUUAGCUGUCGAAUAGAGGAAAGUUGAAACCAAAGUAUCACGGACCCUUUGAGGUAACGCAUUGUUUACCUAAUGAGAGGUACGCACUCCGAAGGAUUGGCAGCCGAGGUAGAACUACAAUAGCAGCGCAUGAACAGUUACGAACCUGGCCAGAUACAGAAAUUCUAUAAGGUAUGAUGGAUAUAGAUUUAUUUAAUAAGAUUGAUGUGUGAAUGUGUGUAAAGGUCCCUGCUUAGUAGGCUGUUUAAGGUCCCUGUGUAUCAGGCUAUAUGUGAAGGUCCCUGCUUAGUAGGCUAUUUUUAAGGUCCCUGCGUCGCAGGCUAUGUUUGAGGUCCCUACUUUGCAGGCUAUGUUUAAGGUCCCUACUUUGCAGGCUAUGUUUAAAGGUCCCUGCUCGGCAGGCUAUUUUUAAGGUCCCUGCUCUGCAGGCUUAGAUUGUUGUGUUCUGGGUCUGUGAGACAAGCGGGUAAUAGACCUGGUAGUGGUUGAACCGCCUCUGAGCUCCUGGCUAGAAUAUGGUAUCUUUUGAUAGCACUUGAGAGUCAUGGGUGUAACAGACCUGUUGAUGGUUGAGCCGCCUCUGAGCUUCUAGUGGUUGUUAACUGUGCCACAUAACAGUCUAUUUUGUUAAAUGAAAUAAGGUUUAGACUUAGUUCUUCGAAUAUAUUUUGAGCUUGUACUGCUGUUAUAAUGUUUACAGAUUACCGGUGUCAGGUGAAUCUUUGCAAAACUGUGGAAGGGUCGAGGACGCCCCACAUGUCAGGAAGGCCGUGUUAGCUUACGUCAUCACCUUCACCGAUGGACCGAUGCGACGUGCUCACAUCUAUUUAGACUAGUUUUGUUUUAUAAGCAAAUCUGAAGUAUUUGUUUACAUUUAAUAUUCGGGGCAGUUCUUAAGAAAGAACCAGGCAGUCAAGCUUUAGAUGUCGAGGGUUAAAGUACGUUUGUUGUAAUAAAGCGUAUUAUUGUGAAUUUAGUGUUUUAAUCAAACUAAAAAGACAGAUUAACAGUCGCUAAUCUAUCAUAUAUAUAUAUAUAUAUAU